AUGGCGUUGCGCGCGUGCUUGCGCAGGAGAUUAUGGGCGCGGCACGCGUUCCCAGUGCGCCCAAUGUGCACUGCGCCCACAGACGCAAUUGAAAUGCCAGGUAAAUCGGAAGAAUCUUCGGCAGCCCCAGCAGAGGAUGGUAGAUCGCCGGAGCUCGUCUUCGCCAGCGCAAUGUUCCACUCCUCCACGAACUGGACCCUCCGCGCCCUUGUGGAGGAUUUUUGCAGCCUGCUGGAAGGGAAGAAGCUGAUGAACAAGCUGGGCUUGCGCUACCUGCGAAAGAGUGGGCUUCGGCAAGCUAUCCUCGGUGGCAAGCGAGAGUAUCCGCUGAUCCUGGAGAAGGAGUCCAAGAUCGGAAGGAAGCCAGUGCCUGUUCCAAAGGGAGUCACUGUGAAAAUCGAUGGACAGCUUGUGGAAGUCACGGGCCCGCUGGGGAGCUUGUCGUGGACGUUCCGCGACGAGGUUCGCAUCACGCUGGAGAACGAUACUCUCAUCCUCAAGAGAGUGAUGGAGACGAAGAAAUCUCGAGCCAUGCACGGUUUGUCACGGCAGCUGCUGAGCAACAUGGUGGUGGGAGUUUCACAGGGAUUCGAGAAGAAGCUGAUCAUGGUCGGAGUUGGCUACCGAGCGGUGGUGCAGGGAAACAAGCUGCUGCUCAACAUCGGCUUCAAAAUGCCCGAGGUGGUGGCCAUCCCCGACGGGAUCACGGCGGUGGUGGAGGAGAACACCAAGAUCACAGUCUCGGGGCGCGACAAUGUGCUCCUCGGAAACUUUGCGGCGCUCGUUCGAUCCAAGCGAAAGCCCGAGCCAUACAAAGGCAAAGGCAUCCGAUACGCUGACGAGAAAGUGAGAAGAAAGGAGACCAAGAAAGACAAAAAGAAGAAGUAGCUCUUGAACGAAGAGAGAUUUGCUGCUUCCACACUUGGCAUACAAAUUCACCAAAGCAUUCCCCACAAAGGUAGGAGCUAUUCAGUGACCUUUGAGCCCGUGAUCUUAUUCCAUUCCCUUCUCUAGGAUAUAGCUCUUGAUGUUCCUUGUUCUUGGAAUUCUCAUGAGAGCCGCGAAAUAGGUUCUAGCGUUUACCUAGCACCCCUCCCGCACGUACCCCAUCGUCAAGGAAUUCCACGACACGAUGUUGUGGCA